AUGUCUUCCCAGCAAGGUCCCGGACCUCGCCACGCCGCUGUCCAGCGCGUCGCAGGCAUGGGGUUUGAUGGGGCUUCAGACCGACCUGGUGGUCCCGGUGGUUCCUCGCACCGAGGCUCGCAGCGCGGUAGCAUCAGCGGUAUUCAGUCUGGCGGUUCUCAAGCGGGCGGCUCUCAGGCUGGCAGCCCCAGCCGCUCCCGUGCUGGCAGCAAUGCUGGUGGCAGCCAAGCUGGCGGUUCUCAAGCGGGCUCUGCUGCGGGUCCAGGUCCUUUCCAUAAGGGUACGGGAAAAGACCCUGCAUUCGACCCGAAUGACCCGCGUCCGUCGAGACCCACGAUCUCCGACACAGAGUUAGUCGGAAAGCGUGUGGAUCUUCCCCCAGAGGCAUUCAGAUCCGAAACCGGCGGUACAAGGUUCGCUGUACGCCCAGGAAUGAACACUGAGGGCAAGCCGAUCCAGGUAUACCUCAACUGCUUUCCUGUAACGGCUGUUCCCAAUGCAGACAUUUAUCAGUAUGAUAUCAAUGUCACCCCCAAUCCGAAAGACUCCCGUGCCCUGGUCAAGAAGGUUUGGAUGUCCAAUGCUGUGCAGACUUGGCUUGCAAAGACGGGAGCGAAGUGGCUGUUUGACGGCUCUAAGCUUGCUUGGAGCAACAAGCCGAUCCCUCGUAACGAGCACCGACAAGCUGUCGACCUGGACACUGAAGCUGGUAAACCCCAGACGGGCAGACAAGGCAUCUACUACGUCCAGAUUCGACAGUCUUCUACUGUUCGCAUGGCGUAUCUUCAGAAGUACCUUGAGAAGAAGGCUGACUGGGACAACCAUGUUCUUGAGUGCAUGAAUUUUCUUGAUCAUUUGAUGCGACAAUGGCCAAGUGAGCAGAUGAUGACCAUCAAACGGAAUUUCUAUCCUCGUGAUGGUGUGGAGAUGCAGCUUGAUCCCAUGGUCGGCGUUCGCAAGGGCGUAUAUUCUGCAUUCCGACUCGGUGAUACUACUAGUGGCAGUAUCUCGAGAGGCCUCGUACUCAACGUCGACGUCGCGAACACGGCUUUCUGGAUCCAAGAGCAGACCCUUGCCAGGGUUGCCCAGUGGCUGUUGAGCCCACACCAUUCCCGAAACUGGGAAGCUUCUAUGCCAUUUGGGAAGGUAGCCGAUUUGCUCCGCCCGGUCGAGACCAAAGACAAGUCGGGCAAUCUUGACUAUGUGCAAUCCGAAGGUUUCAAGAAGAUCAAGCGCAUUGAACGGCUCCGGAUCCACAUCACACAUCGCGGCAAAGAGCAGAAUCCGAGAGCAUACAAAGUCAAGAGGGUCAUCUUCGACAAGAAGUAUGGCCAAAAGGGUGGUGACUCCUAUAAUGUCACGUUUGCCGCCAAGAACAAGAAGACGGGCGAGUUUGCUGCUCCCAUCUCUAUCUACGACUACUGGAAGAAGAAGUACGGUCGCCUUGGUUAUCCCGACUUGCCAAUCAUCGAGACCGAGCGGGAUGGUCUCUUCCCGAUGGAGGUCUGCAAGCUGGACAACUUCCAGCGAUAUGCCUACAAGCUGGAUCCCGAGCAGACAUCUGCGAUGAUCAAGAUUGCCGUCAGCCGACCCAACAUACGCAAGACGGAGAUCAUGAAAGGUGUCGGCCAGCUCAAAUGGAAUCAGGACCCAUACUUCAGGGAGUACGGCAUCAAGGUCAACAGCGAGAUGCUACUCUCUAACGCUCGCCUCCUCAAAAACCCGGAGAUUCACUUCGGUGGUGGAGCUAAGCUCAACCCUGGCAUGGCUGGCCGAUGGGAUCUCCGCGGCAAGAAAUUCAUCGAGCCCAACCCCCGACCGCUUGUAUCCUGGGGUUUCAUCGGCUGCGGUGCGAAUGAUGGCCAGGCAGUCGAGAAGGCGGCACUGAGCGCCUUUGCCUCCAAUUUCUGUCGCAUAUACAAGGGUCACGGAGGUAUCAUCGGCAAAGACCCGUUCGUCGAGGUCUAUCCAUUCAGUGUCACGUACCCAGAGAUGUGCACCAAGGCCUAUAACGACACCGGGAACUUUUGCAAGAACCGCCCCCAGAUCAUCUUCUUCGUCACCGGCACACGCAACCAGCUGGUCUACGAACGUCUCAAGAAGAACAUGGACUGCCGCAUCUGCCUCAUUAGUCAGAACAUGCUGGCAGACCAUGUUAGAAGGAACAGCCCUCAAUACUGCAGCAAUGUCGCCAUGAAGGUCAACGCCAAGCUGGGAGGCUCGACGUGCAAGGCCACCCCUAUUGGCCAGAAGCCCAACUUCAUGUACUUUCAGGUUCCGACCAUGGUACUUGGUCUCGAUGUCACCCAUGGCGCCCCUGCCAGUGGCCAGCCGUCUAUUGCUGCCUUGACCAUGUCUAUCGACAAGUCUGCUAUGAGAUACUGCUCCAACGUUCAGACCAACGGCUGGCGCACCGAGGGAGUCACAGACGCUACGAUGCUUAGUCUGUUCGACAGACUCAUGAAGUACUGGGUUAAGACCUUUGGUGGAUGUGCCCCCAAGCACGUCUACUAUUUCCGAGAUGGCGUAGCAGAAGGCCAGUUCAAUUAUGUCCUUGAACAUGAAGUCAAAACUCUGAGGCGCAUCUUCCGCGACGCUGGACACGAGGCUCCCCGAUUUACGGCCAUUGUCGCAACCAAGCGACAUCACAUUCGAUUCUUCCCGAAGGCGAAUGAUGCCUCAGCUGCAGACAAAAACAACAAUCCCCUUCCUGGUACCUUGGUCGAGCAUGAUGCCACUCAUCCCUUUCAUUGGGACUUCUACUUGGCCUCGCAUGUGGCCAUCCAAGGCACAGCUCGCCCCGUUCAUUACCAUGUCAUCCUGGACGAGGCCAACUGCAAUGCCGACAGGCUCCAGAGCAUGAUCUACCACCAGUGUUAUCAGUACAUGAGAUCGACCACCCCGGUCUCUAUUCACCCGGCAAUCUACUACUCGCAUUUGGCAGCUGCGCGAGCGGUAGCUCAUCAGGACAUUGCGUCCAGCAACCGUGAGGUACCUUCAGGCAAGGCCGGCUUUCCACUUGGCAAGUCCGGCUCCGUCUAUUCGGGAGCCAAGCCUCUCACUGAGGCACCUGCCUUGUUGCCCAUGUCGAACCAGGGAGCGAACGCUGACCAAGUUGCGCAUCUCAACACCACCAUGUGGUACAUCUAG